AUGCAAUACGUAGAUGACAUGGUGAGAGUUCAAUAAUUAGCAGAAUCGUGGUAAAAGAAAAAAUCUCUUAAACUACUUAAAUCAAGGCUAUCAAGCGCUAAAAAUCCCUAAAGAACCCUUUCUAGGGUUCCUCAUCUUACAAGAAAUUACAAUACUGUUGAAUAAAAUAUAUUUGCAGUUUCUAAAUUAAACAAGACUUUUUCUCAUAUCUAUAAUUCUCCAAAAGAAAACUAAAAAUAAACAAAUUUAUCUUUUUCAGUUGAUGAAACUUUUUAUCAAUUUCCUUCCAAAUCAAAUACAAAAAAAGAAAAUUAAAUGGUUAUUGAUAGGAUCUAAUAUCAGUUUUAGAUUUUCAAGUAAAAGAACUAGUCUAGAAUUUCUAAGAAAACAUCAUUUUAGCCAAGAGCAUCUUAAACAUUCUCCAGAAAUUCAAUUAGCGUUCAGAACUAAGCGUAAUAAUCAUUAAGCUCUACAAUCAAUAACAAUCUACUUGUCAAUCAAAGAACCGUAUUAAAAAAUGGCGUUAAAUAUCCAUAUCAAUUAUUGAUAAUGAACGAUUCUAGGCAGAAAAUAUUAAAUAGUAUGAUCAAUUCCAAUGAUACUACUUUGUUAACAAUAAGCAAUGCGGGUGAUUUAGAUGAAUUGAAAAAGAAGGAUUCAUAAGUUUAUCAAAAUGAAGUAAAGACUGUUUAAAAUGAAAAACGAAAACAAGAGUUAUUAUCAAGAAAUUAUAUGACUAAUGCUAUGUAUUCUCUUAUGGCUUUAAACAGAAGAUCACAAAGCAAUGUUAAAACCAAAUAUCAAACACUAUUACCUAGAGAUUCAAGGUUCUAUAUGGUUUGA